AUGGCCACUAGGAAGAUGGGGACUCGUAUUUAUGAUACGGAGGAGAGCAAUGCCAAUUUCUCGAGAGGCGCCAGUACGGUGUGGAUCAAUAAAUCCUAUCGGGACCCAAAAGGUAGAAAGGAGGGGAGAAAUUUUGCUCAUGGCGGGGAGAUGCAGGGGUCUCCCGUCCAACCCCAACAUCGCCAACAUCAAAUUCCGCCUAGGGCCAUGGACCUUACUGCUCCGAUGGGGCCUCACCACAGGCCGAGUCCUCGCGGCUUCCGGAUGACGCGAUCGCCUAAGCUCUUGGUUGGUCGGGCUGCGCGGCCGUUACGAGCUCCAGUUGAGAAUUCUGGGAGGGCUCGGACCAUUAUUCGGAAUGAUGGGCAGAGAGAUGACGGUGAUGGGGUUAGUGAGGGGAGGCAUAGACACCUGCCAAUGCAGCCGGAGGUAGCUGCUCACAGCUCUGAGGUUGCCUUCGGUGGGGAUGAAGAGUACGGGAAUGCGGAGACCAGGGUGGGUAAACUUGAGCCCAUUGAUGGCCGCCGCCGAAGGUUGAUAUUGGAGGACCUGGAGGAUGAUUUUGAACCGCCAGUGCUUGGGAAGAAGGAACCGAAGGAGCUGGCUGCUUGUGAGGGGAAGAAGAAGGGUCGUAAGCUGGUGAAGGCGGGGGCAGUGAAGCAGACUGCUGGCACGUCCCCAGAUAAAGCCAAGCCUCGACAGGCUCGCAAGAAGAAGGAGUGGUCGAUGCUCCGAACGGAAGAGGAGGUGAUAGGUGACAAAGAUUCGCUCCCGAUCCGGCUGGGGAAGCAGAAAGGAGGUCGGAAGGCUCGAGAAAUUCCCUCUGCUCCUUUAGAUGAAAAUUCGGAGGUAGAUGGACCGCUAGGGGACAAGGGGAAAUCGGCUGCCCAGGACCAGCAGGUUGAGGAGAGUAAUCUCUCGGAUGAGUCUCUGUCAGAGGAGGAUAAGCUCCGCUUUGUGAUCAAGACUAGGCGGCUGCCUUCUGAUCAGGAGCAACUUACUCAGCCUGGUCAGGUGCAACAGGUGGUGGCUGCUUUUGAGGAAGGGCUAGUGCUCAAUGAGGCUAAGGAUAGCUUGGAGGCUGCGGAAGGGGACAAGACACUCAUGCUCAAUGAAUAUGGCUCCAAUAUUGAGGGUGGAAGCCCGAAACGUUCAAUUCAAGCUUUGGAGGGGAUGUCUGUGGAUAGUCCCACUCCCAAGAGGCAGUUUGUUGAGGAUCAAAUUGGUACUGAGGACGCUGAAUUGGUGGAGGAAGCUAGCCAAGAGUGGCCCCAAUCCGAUAAAUGA